GCGGUGCGUCCGCAGCUCCGUUUCAUUAAAGGAAAAAACAAAACAGAAACAGCCACACGCAGAAGAAUCGCUGACGGUUGGUUUGAGAACAAUACACGUCUCAGCUAUGGAGGGGAGGAUUUUCAGCUUGACUCUGCUGUGUCUGGUGUUGCCCGGUGUUGGUGCCCUCCAAGUGAACAUCCCACAGGAGCAAUAUGAGCAUGCCAGGGGGGACAACAUCACACUGCCCUGCAGCUUUAAACCAGCAAAAGCCAUAAACAGCUCCUCCCUAGUCAUCAUCACAUGGUCUGUUGAGGCUGAUAAAGCGAAUGCUAAAGAGACCGUGAUCCUCACCCACUUCUCCACUGGCACCACUGACAUCAAAUCACUGUAUGAAGGUCGGGUGUCCCUGGACGUAAAUAUCCCAUCUGGAAAGGCCAACCUGAAACUGUCCUCCAUCACGCUGGCCGACAACAAGAAUUUUGAGUGUCGUGUCCUGAUCCCAGGCGACGACGAGGGCAAGCCGGCCGACACUACACGUUUGGUGGUUCUAGUGGCUCCGUCUAAGCCCAUCUGUAAGCUCCAGGGUAAGGCAGAGUACGGCCAGAACAUCAACCUGACCUGUGUGUCUGAGGAGGGCUCCCCACCACCCACUUAUAAGUGGGAGAGUCGUGAUGUACGGAACAUGCCUCGUGUGGCAGAGCCCAGAACCACCGACAAGGGAGGUAUCCUGUCUCUGUACAACAUCUCCAGGGAUACAUCGGGAUUCUACAUCUGCACCUCGAGGAACAAGAUCCGCUCCGCUACCUGCAACAUCACCCUCGCAGUCAUGCCACCUUCCAUGAAAAUUGGCUUCACUGCAGGAAUCAUUGGCGGAGUUGUUGCCUUUCUGAUCAUACUCAUCAUCAUCAUCUAUUGCUGCUGCUGCCGCAAGAAGGGCAAAGAGGAGGAAUAUGCCAUGGGAGUCCGUGAGGAAGAGUUCCCCGACAAAGAGCCGGCUAAAGAUGAUGAUAGUCGCCGAGCUGAUGGGCAGGAGGACAUACGCAGUUUUGAUGGCUCCGAUGUGAAGAGUCCUGACCCCCUUGACCGCUAUGAGGAACGGAGCGAGCAUGGCAAUGACCGCCGCAGGGAUUAUGAUGAUCGGCGCAGUGACUAUGACGACCGCCGCAGCAACUACAACGACCGCCGUAACGACUACGACGACCGCCGCAGCGACUACAAUGAUCGGCGCAGCGACUGCGAUGAACGGCGCAGCGACUACGACGAUCGCCGUAGUGACUACUCCGACCGCCGGGACAGAUACAGUGAUCGCAAUGACCGCUACGAUGACAACCGCGACUAUGACGACGGGCGACGCUACAAUGACCGCAGAGACCGUCGCAAUGAUGAUGACGACCGCUAUGAUGAGUCCUAUGAUGAUCGUAAUCCUGACAGACCACCGAGGAGGGACUAUGACAACUAAGACCUCUGGUCUGGUCAACAGUUGUUGGUACCAACAACUGUUGACUAUCUUCUGUUUUAUUUCCAUUGACUUUUCUUCCAAUGGUUGCCAGUGACUUCACACUCAAGGUGUGACCUGAUUGGCUCAAACAACAUUUUGCCUCAGUGGACCUAGCUAUGAUAGAAUUGGCUCAAAAAAACUGUAUACUUAUACUGGAAUAUAUAUGUAUGUAUUCCAGCAUAAGUAUAGCAGUAUAUAUGUA